UUCUCUAUUUUCACUCUCUCUAUUGGAUCAACAGGGCUCUCUUUCUUUCUCCCAGAGCUUUUCUCUCUAAGUAAGAAAGUUUAUUCUUCUCCGUUGGUCUCUCUUGUCGGGGGGAGGCCUUAAGCCUCCCUCCCGGUUGUUUUUCUUCCUCUUAGCCUUGUAGGGCUAAGGGGGUUUUGUUUUUCUCCAUGGUUUUUCCAGUGGAGGCUAAAGUCCCCUAACCAUUAUGGUUGUGUGGUGUUUUGUUUCCCCGUCUUAGAUCCGAUGGUUGUUUGUGUCCCUUUUAGUCCUUUUGGAUUAUGAGGGUUUUGGUUUUGUUGUUUUUUCUUUGGAUCAUGGCAGGAAAACACCCAGUGAGGUGCUGGAGGAGAAGUGGUGUUUCGCUUGUGUCAUCGGUGGCGGUCCUGGCCGGUUCUAACGAAACAAGCAUGUAGUGAGGAUCAGAUCUGUGAAACUCCACUGCCUUCUGUUCGACACGCGCUUCUCAGCUUGGGUUGCCAGAAUCUUCUAGGUUAGCUGCUGGUUGCUACGGCUGGUUCGAUGGUCUGUGUUUGGCGCGUAGUAUUCAUGUGCCCGUUUUUUCUUGUCUUUAUGGGAGGCUCGUGAGGGCCACGUUAUGCUCUCUUUCUUCGUGGCUCGGUGGCGUCCAAUGGUUUUGGUGGCUGACUUGUUGGUGGGGUGUCUUCUUUAAUGUAUUGUUUGAGCAUUCUUGCUCAGCUUGAGGUUCACAUCUUAAGGGUGUCGUCCUGUGAAAACUUUUAGGGAUGAAUUGUAUGGCCCUAUUUAUUAAACCCCUCCUCUCUCCUUCCCCCGUUUCCUGUCAGUACGGAUAAAUAUAUAGUACUGGCAGAUCGAUCAGAGGAUCUUUGUGAGGAAGUUCGAUGAAUAGAGAUGGAAGAGCCAAUUAAGCACGCACAAAUUAACAGAUAUACAGAGUCAAAUAUGUCAGAUUCUCUUCCCCAUAGGCCAUAGAGUAUGUGUUGGCAAUGGAAAUUGAAGCGAGUGCAACUUCACCGUCAAGGUGGCCACAGGCCAGCGAAGGCUUGGGCGAUAUAUAUAGUUCAUGCUGUAUGAAAACGACGCGGCUGAAGAUGGCGGGACCCACGAUGUGCGGCUGCCGGCGGCUUCUUCAUUUCUAUCCAGGCCCUUGAUGCAAUAGAUCGCUUUUGUUCAUUUCCUUCGAUUGUUUUUCCGCUGCAAAGAAGAAAACAUGGCCGAUGUUGUGGGAGGAGCGCUUCUCUCUGUUGUGUUGCAGGAGUUAUUUGGAAAAAUGACUCGAGAGGUCCUUGACAUCUUUCAGGGACGAAAACUCGCCGAUGGGCCCUUAAGAAAGCUGAAGAUAGCAUUGCUGUCUCUGAACGCGGUGCUGGAGGACGCGGAGGACAAGGAACUCACGAAGCCUGCUGUGAAAGAGUGGCUUGAUGAGCUGAAAGAUGCUGUUUUUGAUGCAGAAGACAUGUUGGCUGAGAUUGAUACGGAAAUCCAGAGACGCGAGUUGGCCGCUUCUGAAUCUCGAACCACUGCAAUAAAGGUACGAAACUCGGUCUCUGAUCUUCUUAAUCCUUUUGCCAAGGAGAUACAACCGAGUAUGGAAGAGGUUCUUGACCGAUUAGAAUAUCUGGCAAAACAAAAGGAUGUCUUAGGUCUAACAGAAGGGCUUGGAGGGAAAUCUUCAGGAAGACUUCCCACGACUUCUUUGGUUGAAGAAUCUUGUAUUUUUGGUAGGGAUUGUGAUAAGGAGGCAGUAAUUAACUUGUUGCUCUCGGAUGACGGAAGAGGCAGUGGGAUGUGUGUGGUUGGCAUUGUGGGCAUGGGGGGAGUUGGCAAGACAACGCUUGCUCAGCUUGUAUACAACGACAAGAGGGUGAAGGAGCAUUUCGACGUUGAGGCAUGGGUAUGUGUUUCAGACGAUUUUGACGUGUUCAGGGUGACGAGAACAAUUCUAGAGGCAGUAACAUCGUCAACCUGUGAUAUUAAGGAUCUGAAUCGGCUUCAAGUUACACUGAAGGAUAGGUUGAUGGGGAAAAAGUUCCUACUUAUUUUAGAUGAUGUAUGGAAUAAGAAUUAUAGUGAUUGGGAAGUCUUAAUCAAUCCCUUUAAAUUUGGGACACAAGGAAGUAGGGUCAUCGUAACAACGCGUGAUAAUGAUGUUGCAUCCGUAGUACGCUCUUGUGGGACUCAUUGUCUGAAUAAAUUAUCAGAAGAUGAUUGCUGGUCAAUAUUUUCAGACCAUGCAUUUCACAAUGUUGACUUUAACGCACAUCCUGAGCUAGAGGCAGCUGGCAGACAAAUUGUGAAGAAGUGUGAAGGCCUACCUUUAGCCGCCAAAAUGAUUGGGGCUCUCUUGUGGUCGAAAUUAGAUGUUGAAGAAUGGGACAAGAUACUGAAUAGUGAAAUAUGGGAUUUGCCAAUUGAGGAGACAAACAUUCUACCGGCAUUAAGAUUAAGCUACAAAUAUCUACCCUCACAUCUAAAGCGAUGCUUUGCUUAUUGUUCAAUAUUCCCAAAGGGUUACGCAUACCAAAAAGAUCGACUAGUUUUACUGUGGAUGGCUGAAGGUUUUUUGCAAGAACCCCAAAACAAAACAAUGGAAGAAGUUGGUAAUGAUUACUUCCUUGAUCUUGUAUCAAGAUCAUUGUUUCAACAAUCAAGUGGUGAUAAGUCAUGUUUUGUAAUGCACGAUCUUGUCAAUGACUUAGCGAAGUUUGUCUCUGGACAAUUUAUCUUCAGGCUGGAGGGUGACAGUUUUUACGGAAUUGUGAACAAGACUCGUCACUUGUCGUAUUUCAGAACAAGAUUUGAUAACUUUAAGAAGUUUGAGGCUUUGUAUGAGGUUAAGCGGUUGCGAACCUUCUUGCCAUUAGGAUUCUCAAUAUUGGACAACAAUUUAUCUAGAAAGGUACCGAAUGAUCUAUUGCCAAAGCUAAGAUGUUUACGGGUACUCUCUUUGUCUCAUUAUGAGAAUAUGGCUAACUUCCCUGAUUCAAUUGGCAAAAUUAAACAACUACGUUAUUUGGACAUUUCUUUUACUGCAGUUAAAAGGUUACCUGAUUCCAUGUGUAAGUUGAUCAAUUUGCAAACACUCAACUUAUCAUGUUGUUACAGUCUUGUUGGAUUGCCAAAGGAUAUGCGAAAACUCAUUAAUCUACGACAUCUUGAUAUUACUGGAACAGACAUAAUGGAGAUGCCGAUACAAUUGGGUAGACUUAAAUGUCUCCAAACGUUGACAAAAUUUAUUAUCGGUAGCCGUAAUGGGUCUUGCAUCGGAGAGUUGGGAAAGCUUAAUAAUCUUCGAGGAAAACUUGCUAUUUUGAACCUUCAAAAUGUUGUCUCUUCUACAGAUGCUUCAGAUGCAGGCUUGAAGGACAAGAAGCACAUUGAUGAGUUGGUGUUGGAAUGGAAAGUUGAUACUGAUAUUUUAGAAAGUCAAAGAACUAUACUUGACAGUCUCCAGCCUCAUUCAAAUUUGAAAAGUCUCACUAUUAACAACUAUGGCGGUCAAAGUUUUCCAGAUUGGGUAGGGCUUGAUUCAUUCUUUAAUAUGGUAUCUCUUCAUCUAAACAAGUGUAAAUAUUGUUGCAGCUUGCCAUCGCUUGGACAACUACCUUCUCUGCAGGACCUCUCUAUUGUUGAGUUUGAUGCAGUUGUUAGAGUGGGCCCUGGAUUUUAUGCUAGUGGUUCUUCUUCAAUUAGGCCAUUUAAAGCAUUGAAAGUUCUAAGGUUCGAGUUGAUGUUGAAGUGGGAGGAAUGGUUUUCCUUUGGCGCUGAAAAUGAAGGUGGAGCUUUUCCUCAUCUCCAAGAGCUUUAUAUUCAUGAUUGUCCCAAGCUAACAGGAAGCUUUCCUAUCCAUCUUCCUUCUUUAGCCAAACUUGAAAUCAAGAAAUGUCCACUACUGGUGUCUUCACUCCCGAGGGCUCCUGCUAUAUGUCAAUUGAAUCUAAUACGUUGUAACGAGGUAUUGUUUAAGGAAUUGCCAACUAGAAUACAGGUUCUCAAAGUUGGAGGAUUUGAUGCACUAGAUUCCAAAGCCAACAUAAUGAUGGGCCCUAGUAGUUCUCUUCAAGAGUUAGAAGUCAGUGAUUGUACCUCGUUUGUGUCCCUUUCAAAGGGUGAUCUAGCAUCUACAUUAAAAUCCCUUAUCAUCAUGAAUUGUGGGAUUUUAGAGCUCCCAAUGUACCCAAUCUUUUCAUCCCUUAAAAAAUUAUACUUAUAUGAUAUUUAUGAUUCUCUCAAGUUUGUCCCAUUGGACUUAUUCCCAAUGCUUUGUGAUAUCUAUAUCUUUGGGUGUAGGAAUUUGGAAUCUUUGACAGUUUCAGAACAAUAUGAACAUGAUUUAAUGACCUUGCAAAUACGAAUCAUAGAUUGCCCUUGUUUUGUGUCUUUUCCAAAAGGCGGAUUGUGUGCUCCCAACCUCACAUUGUUUUGGGUUUGGAAUUGUGAGAGUUUAAGGUCACUGCCUGACAAGAUGCACAUUCUCCUUCUAUCUCUUGAGGAACUGCAAAUAGUACAUUGUCCAAAAGUCGAGUCGUUUCCGGAAGGGGGCUUGCCUUGCAAUCUGAAGUCAAUUUCUAUCAUGGAUUGUGACCAACUAGUUCCCAGCCGGACGGGAUGGGGUUUCCAAAAGCUUCCGUUUCUUAGAAAUUUGUCCAUUUGUGGCGAAAAGGGAGAUGUAGAGUCCUUUUCAGAGGUGGGAUUGCUGCCUCCAAAUCUGGCCGUUCUUCAAAUCUCUAAUUUUCCUAAUAUGAGAUCUUUGGACGAGAAGGGGCAUCAACAACUCACAUCUCUUGAAGAAUUACGGAUCUAUAAUUGCCCUAUGCUCAAGUACAUGCCAGAAGAGGGGUUGCCUGCCUCCGUUUCUGUUCUAUUGAUCAGAAAAUGUCCUUUGUUAAAGAAGAAGUGUCGUAGGAAAAAAGGAAAAGAAUGGCGCAAGAUUGCUCAUGUCCAUCUGUUAAUGAUUGAUGACGAAUUAAUUGAAUGAGCUAACAGUAGCAUGAUUCCCCACUUAGGUACUGAACAUCUAGUGGCUGCCUGUAGAAAUUUUUUUGUGGUGCUAAAUCAAGAUCACGUGAAAUUCGGAACUUUUGAAUUACCAAUCAGUAUCUUUUCUUCUCAUGGCUGUUAUGUGGGAAAAGAUUUUUGUGAUAAAGUCACUCGCAUUGCUAAAGUAAACUCCAGUUGGAAUGCCAGGAUUAGAAGCACUUCCAACACCAGCUUUGGGUCAACAAGACAAGCCAUGACCCGUACGCCAGGUUGUUGUCUCAGAUUCAUUCUGCAGAUGCGGGAUGGGAACUCAAAUCCUUUUGAAAAACAGGUGGCUGAAUAGGCAAGCCAUUCCUCACUGCCUGAGGAAUUCUUGCGAGAAGCCUUGAAAACUGCAGUUUAUAUUCAGAACCGAGUUCCUUGCAAAGCUGCACCUGAAACUCCUUAUAAACAAUGGACAGGAAAGAUGCGGAGAAACUGCAGCUGGGUAUUAGAGGUUGACAUUAUCUGUCGAUUAAAAAGGGCAGAAAUCUGAGAAGACUUCUAGCAGAAAUGCAGGGCAUCUACACCUUUGAUGAAUGCUAAAAUUUGUCGGAACAAGGCUCGAUUGAUGGACAAAAUUCCUAAGCUACAAAAUUGGAUUUGAAGAAGGAAAACGACAAAGAAUAGGGAGCAAAAUAGAAUCCGACUCUAUGGUAUGAGGACCAUGAGGUCAGUAGAGUUACCUUUUGAAAAUGAAUGGUGGAUAUUUCAUUCAAUGUUCCCUUGCAUGAUUGGUCACAAAAUUCUGAGCAGUAUGAGCGGAUGAAAAAGGACAUGACUUCCGUUGAUUGAUCUAAAGCUGCUUGGUUAAUUUUCAUGGGGUGGAUCCAAACUGUUUUGUGAAAGGUUCCAGUGCCUGACAAAUGAUUUUCCACUUGACAAGGGGUCCUGCUGUCUGAAAGAGCCAGCCCAAGGUAUACCGCACGUCUCCUCCCAAUGUAGUGCAUCUCUUCCUGAGGUUAUGCGCUUCUCUACCCGAAGUGCUGAAACUCAUAAUAAUCAGCAUAGCAAGUCACCUGUUAGUUCCAGGAUUUGUGGCAUGCACUUUGAUUUUUUUUGGCUUUAAUUGGAAUUCAUUCUAAUAUCAGUUUAUCUUUUUGGAGGUUCAAAAACAACGUGCUUACAAACUUGGUAUGGUGUAUGCAUUGUGACCGAAUAACUUAACAUUUUCUUAUCUAAUUCAAAGCUUUUUUUUUUUUU